GAAUGGUAUCAUGAAUGGACAUCAAAGAUUUUAAAAACUAAAGCUGAUACAGGAUGGGUUUCAGGAUGUUUAGACCUUAAAGCAGAUAAGGAAUAUGUUAACGAUGAAUUAGAUAAAAAAGCAGAUAAGAACCAUACACAUGAAUUCUUCACAACUGUUGGUAUAGAAAGUAUUGAAGGAACGGUUGAAGGAACUGAUGGGGAUGCAUUAUAUUGUAAACCUCCUAACUUUCCACAAGGUUUAACAUCGAAUGAAAACAUAACAACGAUGCAAAAAAUUAAAUGUAAAAAUGUUUAUGUCAUGGAUGAUGAAAAUAAGGUUAAAUUCACUGCUCAAGAUUUAUAUGAUAAGAAAGCAGACAAAACAGAGCUUCAAACAUUAAAGACAGAAAUUCUUCAAACAUUAUAUCCUGUUGGUUCUAUUUAUACAUCAAUGAACUCAACAAAUCCAGAAACAGUUUUAGGUUUUGGUAUGUGGAAGCAGAUUGUAGACAAAUUCUUAUACUGUGCUAGAUAUUCAAAGCAAACAGGAGGUUCGAAGAAAAUUAAAGAAGCAAACCUUCCACCGCACACUCAUACAAGAACUACAAACUUUUCUGGUGACCAUAGUCACUCAUUAAGAGACCAUCCAUUAUACAACUCAGAAUAUGAAGCUGGCAAUGAUGUUUUAUCUCCAGAUUAUAACCAUUCAGCAAAAAAGACUUUUCGACCAACUGAACCAGGAGGAAAUCAUGUCCAUACUUUCACAACAAAUCCAACAGGUUCGGGUAAAGAUUAUAUGCCACCAUUUGUGACUGUAUUUGCAUGGUACCGCGUUCAAUAA